AUGUUUAGAAAGCUUGUUCUCGGUACCAGUACCGAAAGCGGGAAGGGCUUCGUCGAGAUUCUUGCAUCUGAAGAGCUCAGGACAUGCGUUUCUCAGCUAACGUUCAACAGCUUUCAGGUUGGCCAAAGGGUCUGCGAGCGUGGCGCUGCUACCCUACCGAAUGAGGUCAUCCACACUCUUCGCAACGUUUGUGCCUUCGAGAAUAUUGGGUCUGUUUGUAUAAACCUCCCAUGGAAUCGUCGAGCUGCGGGAUCUCUUAGAAACGUUGUUCCGCAACAGUAUCAUUUCCAAAUCCUCGACAUGAUUCUUGCCAAACUGCUCACUCCGAGUGGCCGUUCGCUGCCAAUAAAGACACUCGCACUACACAAUCUGCCGUCUAAAAAUACCCCUGUGACGGAAAAGGAAGGGUUCGAUAGGUUCCUUGGCCGCCUUUCGACACUCCAACUUGGUGUAUGGAUGCACGACAAAGGCGUUCCUGAAAGUAGAGAUCAUAUCGAUCUAAGCAUCAAAUGCUUGGACUUCUUUGCGAAGCUUCCUGUAGUCUGGCUCACGCCAGCACGAAACCUGUCCACCCUGUCGCUUUCCUCCGAUGAUCAUUGGGGCUACUACCCAAAAGUCGAUAUUGAAAAGACGUACUUUCCCAGUCUUCAAGCGCUCGCGUUGGGAAAGCUUUGCUUCAGUCACGAUUCAAAGUUGGAGUGGCUACUGAAGCAUGCCACCUCUCUCCAAAGACUUUACCUGGUCGAUUGCUCCAUUCUUCGAGAGGCUUUCUUCCUUGGCCAGCAAGACAAUGACGGAUAUCCGGCCGGCAGGAUCCAGCGGGGGAAUACAGAUCAGAGAAGCUAUACUUAUGAGCGUUGCUGGUCUUAUUAUCUCAUGGAGAUGUCCUUGUCAUUGAAAAAUUUGACUCGGUUCGUGAUGCACUCCCGCAAAUCAGCAGCAGCGUCGUUUAGCUCCUGGAGAGACAUUCCUCCUAGUCGCGAUGAACGUUACAUACGAUUUCUUGCCGAUGGAGUAUUCGAGCCUUGCACAGCAGAACAAGAGCUGACAAGCGAAAAGGAGGAUUGGGAUGCGCUUGCGAAUCUAUUGGAAGUCACGACGGCACGUUCCAACCGCCGUCGGGGUCCAAACGAUCGCCAAUUUGAGGAGUCGAUUCCGGGGUAUUGGUGA